AUGCCCUCUCAAUAUGUUCUUGCUUCUCAGGUUAGCCCUAUUCACACCCGUAGAGCAAUACGAGUGCGGUUGGUGCGAAGUUAUGAAGUACCUGCAUUACGUGGACAAGCUAUUAGUAAGAGCAAAGAAUGUCUCUUCCACGAUGAGGAGGGUACAUACAUACAUGGUACUAUUUCCAGAGAGGAUGUUGUCAAAGUUGUGGAGAUACAUUCUCCAGUUGAAAAGUUAAUUGCUGGAAAACCAUCAAGGCUGAUGGAUUUUUUAAUUGAGGAUACUGAGGAGAGACAGCUGAAGUGCACCAUCUGGGAUGAUCACGUUGAUGCCAUGCUGCCAUAUUUUAAUUCAACAGAACCAGAGCCCGUGAUUGUUUUGAUCCAGCUUUGUCGAGCCAAGACUGUGAAUGGUGAGGUCAGAAUUACUAACUCAUAUGAUGCAACGAAAUUGUGGUUUAAUCACUAUUGCCGCGAGUUUACAGAAUUUAAGGCCAAGUUAACCAAGGAAAAUACUCCUAUGAAGAGUAUUAGUACUAAUUCUAUGGUUUCUCAAACCACUGAUCUAAGAGAUUUUAUAUCUGGAUCUGUUGUGAUUACAACAAUUUCAGAUUUGUAUCAGCAAACAGAGAGUGGAGAUUUUUAUGUUCCUGCAAUGAUCACUGGAAUUGAAAGCAGUGGAGAAUGGUACUAUAUUUCAUGUAAAUCAACAGGAUGUAAUAAAAAACUGAAAUUUAAAAAUGGACUACUUUACUGUGAAAAGUGUGAUCGCAAAUGGCAAAAUGGUACAGUAAGAUAUAAGUUGGUUGUUAGGGUUGCAGAUGCAGGUAGUGACGCUCCCUUCCUACUGUGGGAUAGGGAGUGUUCUGAACUACUUGGCAUGACAGGAGAUAGUUUGUACUCAAGAUCUGUCAAGGUUAACAUAAAAAAGGAUUAUAAACAGAAUUGUGGAUCAGCUUUUGGUGUGAUGAAUAUUUUAAAUGAUGAAAAUAUAGUGGCUGCUUAUUGUUCUUCAUUUGGUGUCGAUCAAGAAAAGGACCUUAUUUCAAAAAUGCUUGAAGACUAUGGGAAUGAAUAUUCAGAAGAUGAUGAAUCAGGGGGUGAUGAAGUUAACAGCCCAAACAAUAUUAUCAAGCCAAGACAGCAAGAAGUACAGCAGGAAAUGAACCCUUUGAGCAAAAGAUCCCUAUUGGACCAAUUCUCUUCAACCCAGCAGAUGAAGAAAGGAAGACUUGAAGUGAUUAAGAAGGAGAAGAUUGUCUAA